CAGAAACUGAGUCGCAAGUUGGUCCACACCACCACCGGACCCAUCUUUGUGCUCACGUGGAUCCUGUUCAGCGCCUCCCCAGACGCCAGGUACCUAGCUGCAGUGGUACCCAUGCUCAACUUUUCCAGGCUGAUGGCGGUUGGGACAGGGUUGAUCAGCGAUCCAGGUCUGGUCAAGUCGGUCAGCAGAUCAGGUGACCGCGGAGAGCUGCUCAAGGGCCCUCUGUUUUACGUGGUGACGCUCGUGGCAGCUACGGUGUUGUGUUGGCGCGACAACCCCGCGGGCCUGAUCGCGGUGGCCAUGAUGUGCGGGGGCGACGGCCUGGCGGACAUUGUGGGCCGCCGGUGGGGCGGAGGCGCCAAACUGCCCAUCAACAAGGCUAAGAGCUGGGCCGGCAGCUUCGCCAUGCUGCUGGGGGGUUUCGGCAUGUCGUACGGGCUCAUUAGCCUCUUCUGCAACCUGGGUUUCUUCUCGUGCUAUCCCCCCGCCACGAUGCUCUCAUGUCUGGGCGCCGUCGCGCUGGGGGCCACGAUUGUCGAGGCCUUGCCCAUCAACCAGUAUGUCGACGAUAACGUAUCCGUGCCGGUGGUGGCG